AUGGUUGAAGCAGUGGGAAUAGAGAGAAGUGAUACGAACAUCACAACCAGAUCAAGGCAGAGUGCAAGAUCAGGAAGAUCAUCAAAGUUUUCUAAGUACACAAAAGCUUCAGAAGCUGAUGAUAAUGCUCCCAAAAGACCCCAGUGGGACUAUGAUACAGACAUAGAAGACGAAAAAAGCGACUCAGUAAAUGAGUACGACAGCAGUUCAAGUGCUCGGCGGCUUUACCAAAAUGCAUGCAGAAUGUACGGAACAAUUCCAGUGUCUUAUUUCUUGAGGCACAAUGAAGACGCAGAGUUAAAACUCGACUAUCAUCAAAUUGGCCCUCUUGGAGCAAGAGCGAUCGCUGUUGCUUUGACUUGUAAUACGAAGAUUCUCUCUUUCUCCGUCAGAGACAACGGAAUCGGAUCAGAAGGCGCUCUUGCAAUGGCUGAAAUGCUAACAGAAAACAACUACAUACAGUCUCUCGAUCUUUCCGAAAAUGACAUCGGCAAACUCGAAAAGUGCUAUUUAGGCAAUGAUGCUAUCCAAGGAAUGAGCAAGGCUCUUGCUGACAGCCAGAAACUCACGACGUUGAAUCUAUCGGGAAACCAAUUUAGUGACGGAAAGGCACUUGGUCAGGUCGUUGCUGAGAACGCCUCCUUGAAAAGCAUAAACCUCAGUUGGAAUCAGUUCGUGAAUCCGGCCAUUUUGGAUACUCUUGCUGAAAAUGUCGCCCUCACAAGAAUCGAUCUAAGCUACAACGGACUCACCGAUGCCGGCGUCAAGAGUCUAAUCAACUUCCUUACCAAAAAUAAUGUCGUCGAACAGCUUGAUCUUAGUUGUAACAGACUCGGUCCCAAUUCUGCGAUCGCAAUUGCAGAGGGACUCAAGACAAACACUACUUUGAAGGAGCUCUCGUUGAAACGCAACCCUUGGUUGGCUCCGGGAUGCUUGAUCAUCGCAAAAUCGAUCGUCGCGAAUCUGGAACUUGAUUUGGAAUUGCUCGAUUUUUCAGAUAUCUCGGUGUGCAAAGAGUUCAACGAGCUGAAUUUGAAAGAAGUCAGGCCAAACAUGAAGGUAAUCAUUGGAGGAACUUUCGUCGAGCGAAAGAAGAAAAAGCCAAAGAUGGACCCGAUGACAAUGCUCAAAACGUACAUGGAGCAGCAGAAUCUGAGGCUCGUCGAUUUCUUCAACAAAUUGGAUACAGACGGAAGCAUGAGCCUUAGUCGUGAGGAGUUCAAGAGUGGAAUCCAAAUGGCAGGAAUCCCGAUGACUGAGAAUGAGAUUGAGCUUCUUCUCGACGUUCUUGAUAAAGACGGUGACAAUGAGAUUAACUACAGUUUCGCAAAAGAAAAACUCAAAAUGACCAUCUAA